AUGGCAGCCAGUUUUAAGGUUCCACAGUUGACUAUUUCUAAGGUAAAAAACCCGACAAAUCUACCCAAAUUUGAUUGGAAACGAUUCCCCAAAGAAAAGAAGCUGGGAAGUGGCGGUUUUGGAGAGGUUUACCUCCGAAAAUAUGAAGGAGAAAUCGAAAAAGUUGUUGUUAAGAAGAUGAAAAGUGAAAACUACGACCCAAAGUCACGUUUUAUUAAAGAGGCAAAACUUUUAAACGUAACGCAGGGCCACAGAAAAAUAGUGAAAUUUUUAGGGUUUUGUGAAGAGCCUGGCUCUAUAUUGAUGGAAUACGCGUGUUUUGACUUUGGCCCGUUUGAUAUAGAAAAACGUGCCAGCACUUUGUCGAACUUUCUUUACCUCGUCGAUGACGAUUUUGACUUUACAUCAUUUGCAGAACUGUUGCCAGUAUGUGCUAAGGACAUAAUAACCGGUUUGGAGUAUCUCCAUAAUAAGAACAUUGCCCAUAGAGAUCUUAUUAAACCAGCUAACAUCUUAGUCUGUAACCAACAUUACAGUAACCCGUGCUAUUAA